CCUCACAGGAAGUUGAAUUUUUCACUUUUCCCACGGCAUUUCUGGUGAUAUUUGAGACAGGCACGGCGAUGUUUGUAACUUGGACAAUUCUUUUGGCACUUUGGGCCGCAAAGGUCCACUGUGCUAGGAUUGUGGAUCCUGAAAUUGGAUUGAAUUAUUUAACAAAGCUGCCUUUGGCGGAUUUGAGCGCUGUAGAAGGACAAGCUUCUGGAGGUGGCGCAUGCGAUAUUGGAACCAGGCAGUCACCAAUAGACAUUCCAACCUGCACCCGUGAAUCAAUGAAUGCACUCAGGAUCCUUGGUCACUCCAUUUACCAAUCAUUCGGCUUAGUCAUGAUCAACACCGGGACUACGGCGCAAAUUUCGUUCCCUGAACCAAGCGUGACGCCCGUCAUCUCAGGUGGUCCUUUGUCUGCAGAGUACACCCUGGCCCAAGCGCACUUCCAUUGGGGAGAAACAAACACGCAAGGCACUGAACACGCCACUUUUGGCAACUAUGGUGCUCUGGAGGCGCACUUUGUGCACUGGAAAACCGAAUAUACCAAUUUUACAGAGGCGUUAAAUCACGAGGACGGUUUGGCUGUUUUUGGUAUCAUGUUUGUUAUUCAAGAUGCUGACAAUCCAAAGUUGGACGAAAUCGUAAAUAACCUAAGCAACAUCCCAAAUCCAGAAGACAGCGUCGAUCUCGAUGGAGGCGCCCUGGCUUGGUUGGACGACGUGAUUUCCAACUUUUACUAUUUCAAUUACCCAGGUUCACUGACUACUGGCACUUGCCUAGAGGUGGUCAAUUGGAUAGUCAUGAAAAAGAAACUCGGGAUCUCUGCACAGCAAGUUGCUAAAUUCAGGACGUUGAUAAACGCUGAUGGCAACACGCAAACUUCCUACAGGCGAGACGUGCAGCCUCUGAAAUCCAGAACUGUCAAAUGUGCUGCUGGAUGUAUUCGCAAUCCUGAAUUGUGAAAACUAUUUUGGGAUAAUUUGCAGAAAAAAUAUUAAACGCAGCAGCAUUUUGAGUUAAUUAAGGGCUGAUUGUGUGAAUAUCUCUUGCAAUA